GGUGCAUUUCACGGCGCAUUUGUGCUCAUAACAGCGAGCUGGGCGUGAUAAAGAGGCGCCACGUUGCCUGUGCCAGCGCGCAGGCCGCCUUGCAUUCAUCCGUUGUGCCGGCUGCGCUAGGCCUCCAGCUCUCCUGCACUCCACAAGCUGUCAGAGCUCGUAAGCAGCGAGACGACGCAUAAAUGCGGGUUCUCCUGCUGCUAAAGGUAGCCGCCGCGCUCGUGUCGCCGCGGCGACCAGUCGCACCGACCACUGUCCGCCGCGGCAGCGAGGGCGGCCAGUUCGGCGGCCGCAAGGGCUGCUGCUGGAAGGCCGACUCGUAUCUGAAUGCGAUGGAGUCGCCGGCCGAGCCUGAACAAAUGGACUCGACGGCGCGGCGCCUCACGGCCGGCGGGCCGCCGGCCGCGUCGAACCUCUGGCACCACGAGUGGCUGCGGCUCUUGGAUUCGAGCCUGCGCAAGUGCUCGGGCACGGCCAUCCUGCCGGCGCCCGACGCGUCGCCGGCCCAGUGCUCGACGGUCGCCUCGUCCGACGAUCUGGUGGUGGUCUCGCACGACGGCGCGGAGGAUCCCGUGUUUAAUUACGCGUCGAAGGCGGCGUUGGAUCUGUGGGAGAUGGACUGGGAGACGUUCACCUCCACCCCAUCCCGCUUCAGCGCGGAACCCGACGAGCGCGAGGCGCGCGCCGAGCUAUUGAGAAGGGUCACGGAGGACGGCUACGUCGACGACUACUGCGGCGUGCGCAUCUCGUCGUCGGGCAGGCGCUUCGAGGUGCGCGACGCGUACGUCUGGAACGUGUACCAGGGCGAGGAGCGUGUCGGCCAGGCGGCGCUGUUUCGGAGGAGUGGGUGUAAGUUUCUGUAGUUUAA